AUGGUGGUUUUUGUCGACCUGGACGAUGCCUUCGAGCACGGAUCGACACUGGAGAAGCCCUUCCCCCAGCUGAACCCCAUCGCGUCGGAGCCGGCCGACUUGACCCCAUCACCUAUUUCCUCUUCCGUCCGUGAAGAACCGGAUGAAAGGAACUCCAAUCCCAACCGAAACGGGUUCUCGGCGGCUUUGAGCUGUUAUCCUAUCGUGAAGGCAAUCGCUCGAGCCGUUGAUCUCAACACCCUCUACUCUCUUUCGACAACGUGUCGCCAGUUCCAUGUGAACUUAGCACCAUUCCGCCACCAACUUGUGCGGGAGACCCUCCGGUGCGAGAAUGAAUAUGUCGAAACACUAGCAGAAAUGCUACACAGCGGCGCUGUCCUCCCAAGCAGCGUGAAGUCAGUUCUGCAGCUACUAAGCCGCGGUAACGGCGAGCCAGGACGCAUGACUCGCGGGAAAGUGGCAAAAUGCGCGCGCGACAUGGUGGCGGAAUGUCGACGCUGUGCGAAGGUCGUGUGCAGAAAUUGCACCAUCAAACCCCCUUCCCAAACAACCCUCAAAAACCGCAUUCGCCGCCUCUGCCAUACUUGCGGCACUGCACCCCUCUCGUCCCACCUCUCCACAAACCCGCACAACCCAGCCCCCGACCCAGGCAGUGUCGCUGCAACCGUGUUCGCCCACAGCCCAUGUACGUGCACGGAGUCUGUCUGGCUUUGCACACAAUGCGGGCAGACCCUGCGCAGCAACGACACGACCUACCGACGCGUCUGGGCCUGGCGCACGAGGUAUAGCACAUCCCUCGGCGGCGGGCUAGGCACUGGUAUCGGCGAAGGCUGCCAAGGCGUGAAGUGUGGGCGAGGAGAAGCAUGUCUUGCCGCACAGGGAAUCGAGCUUGAGGUCGAAUGCGAGGCGGAUGAGGGAUCCAGCGAUACUAGCAGCAAUAAUAGUGCAGGACAUAGUCCUGCCAGCCAUCCGUCAUACUAUAAUGAAGCAGCCGUCUCCACUGAUAGCCAUGAUGAUGAAGAGCCGGGGUAUUUCCGGCAGGAGAUUAUUGGCCUUGGUGGGGUUGUCAAACAUAAGGCUAAGAAAAGAGUCAAUGUUGGCGCUUGUGUUGUUGAGUAUGAGGAUGAGAGGGAGACGGGGAACUAUCUUGUUCGUGAAGAGAAUGGGUUGCAUCGUGCUUGGUGUGGAUGGUGUUCUAGGGUGAUUUGUUCGAAGAGUGAGGCUCGCUGUUAA